AUGAGCGCAAACAUGGAACAAUCAGUCGUCAAACUCACAUGCGUCUUGGUGGUUAUUUGUCUUCUGGAUAAAAGGGUGGAUUCCAAUGAGAUCUUAGGUCUGAAACUACCCAACAUUGAACCCAUCCUGAAUGCCAACACCGUCUGUCUGACACUACCCGGGCUGACGAGACGCCAGCUGGAGGUGUGCAUGCGCAAUCCAGAUGUGACGGCUUCAGCAAUCCAAGGAAUCCAGAUUGCCAUCCAUGAGUGCCAGCACCAGUUCAGAGGGCACCGCUGGAACUGCUCGAGUCUGGAAACCAAAAACAAAAUACCCUAUGACAGCAUUGUCUUUAAAAGAGGUUUUCGAGAGAGUGCCUUUGCAUAUGCCAUUGCAGCAGCUGGGGUGGUGCAUGCGGUGGCCAACGCCUGCUCCAUGGGAAAACUGAAAGCGUGCGGCUGCGAUGAGAAGCGGCGUGGGGACGAAGAGGCCUUUCGACUGAAGCUUACCCGCUUACAGUUGGAGGCCAUUCAGAGGGGGAAGGGGAUGGUUCAUGGUGUGAUGGAGCAUUACCCAGCCGACCUCUCUGGACUGCAACCAGACUCCUGGGAGUGGGGUGGCUGCAGCCCUGAUGUGGAAUUUGGGGAGAAGUUCUCAAGGGACUUCCUGGAUGCUCGCGAAACCUACAGAGACAUCCAUGCAAGAAUGAGGUUGCAUAAUAACAAAGUUGGGAGGCAGGUGGUGCUGGACAACAUGAGAAGGAAAUGCAAGUGCCAUGGGACGUCAGGGAGCUGCCAGCUUAAGACCUGUUGGCAGGUCACUCCAGAGUUCCGGCUGGUGGGCACAAUCCUAAAAGAGCGUUUUCAUAUUGCCACCUUUAUCAAGGCUCAAAACAGGAAUAACGGCCAACUGGAUCAUUCAAACCAUAACAACCACAACCAUCAUCACCAUCACAAUCAUCGAGACAGCCACCACUCACAUCGGCGGCGCAACAGCAGAGACCUGGUGUACUUCGAGAAGUCGCCUGAUUUUUGUGAGCGGGACCUUAGUUCGGACUCAGCGGGCACACAGGGCAGGAUCUGCAACAAGACCAGCCCUGGAAUGGACAACUGUGAGAGUCUGUGCUGUGGGAGGGGGCACAAUAUCCUGCAACAGACACGCAGCGAACGCUGCAACUGCAAGUUCCACUGGUGCUGCUAUGUGGUCUGUGAAGAGUGCAGGAUAAAAGAGUGGGUUAGUGUUUGUAAAUGAAGAAAAACACAGUAAAAGACCCAAGUCAUAAGAGAAAAACAGCCAAAUGCCCCAUUGUUUUUUGUCAUGGACUGCAUUUUUUUGUUUGUUUUUGUUUUUUUUGUUGCAGAGCAGUCACAGAAGGACAGUGUGACGCAAUUAAUGCGGCAAAGAAACUUGUGUUGGUCGGUGUAGAUUGCACAUGCAGGAGGCGCCUGAAGUUGCUACAAGCCAGAUUUAAAAAGGAUCUUUACCACCUUACUAUGAAGACUGGAGAGCAGAGUUAUAUAAAAAAACGAAAACAUCUUAACUGAUAAAAAUUAUGCAUUAAUCUUACAAGGCAAAGUGAAAUGCAUCAAAGAGAAAAUAUUUCUUAAUAGCUUUAUUGAUAUAAGAUCUUUAUUUUAUUUAAAUUUCUGAUUUGUUUUGUACAUUUUAAACUAUCUAUACACUAAACAGUACAAUCAUCAAUGGAAACUUUUGCCAGAAUCCAUUCAUUUUCAUGUUUCUUGACCACUACCUAGACAAAACUUUGGCAUCAUAACUCAUAACUCAGUUUAAUCACGUUGCACAUAUGACGGAGCAGGAUUAACUGAUAUGUUGUGUUAUCUCCCAAUCACUGUUAUUAUGUUGAGUGUUAUGAAGUAUAACGCUAUAAAAUAAUGAUAAAACAAAGAGUUCAGGUCCUCAUUAGGGUAAGACAGGAGAAGAUGUGGAUCAAAAAUCAACUCCCAGCAUGAAAUAAACUGAUUACACCACUACAGCCAUGGUCACUUAAAGGCCGAAGGAUAAAGUUGGCCAAAAUGCUUAUCUGAAGCUAGAUGUUGGUGCUGCUUAAUGGGAUUCUUCAUGGCACACCUUUACUGUCUUUAACUGGAGAAAGUACUGUAGUUAAAAUCCAUGCACCACUUCAAAACACUACGCUUGUAAAAUGUUUGUGCCACUGUUUUUCGACCACCAUAUAGCACAGCAAAGACACACCAUUCUCAGUUCCCAGUCUGUUGUGAUGUGAUAAGUGCAUUAAAAAGAUGGUCAGAGUGCACAAUAGACCCAAAAACUCUACAUUUGAUCUUUGACAUGAUCUAGGUAGCACUGUAAAUAAAAAAUAAGAGUUAGAAUUCACAAUUGCCAUCAAUAAUUUUUAGAUACAUCAGGAAAUUGAAUGCACAAAAACAAGCCCAAGCUGCACACACCCUAUUAGCAUCCUAAAGUGGCUUCAAUCAGUCUUUCCCGUUUUGUGAUGCAUUUCUUGUGAGCAACACUGUAAGCUCCUUGUAUGUACAUUCACUCGCUUCACAAAUUAUCGGUGUGUUUUAUAGGGAUAUUCUGAUGUCAGCUUCAAAGUAUAUAAGGAAUAGUAUAAGUAAGCUACUUAUCAGAUGGUGUAAUUUAUUUUAAACAAUAUAUUUUCUGUGUUCAAAACAGAAAUCUGGUAUUAUGCAACCAAUGUAACUGAUAAGUAGUCUGCAUAUACUAAACAAUAUCCAGGAGAACUUUGAACAAUGUCAGCAUUAUGUAUUCUAAGUGUUAAAUGUAAUGUAUGUUUGUAUUUUUAUGUUUUAAUAUGGUUAUUAUCUAAGUUAUUUUAUUUUUUGUGGAUAACUUAAUAUUUGUAA